AUGCUCUUCAACACUUUGUCCAUCUUCGGCCUUGUCGCCAUUGCUUCAGCUGCUCCUCAUCUGCACUCGAGAUUUGAGAAGGAAGUGGGGGCCCCUGCUGCGCGGGGACUUCAAUGGACACCAAGAUCUGUCACUCCACGAAGCAACAACUAUGUCACAAACUUCGUCAGUGGAUUUGAUAGCACAGUGAUCAUCCAGCAGCAGACGAUCACCAUCCUGCAACUAUCGAAUGCUCAAGCACUCGCCGAGUUGCAAUUACAAGCAGAGCUUCUUUUGGUUCAAGCCAUCCAGCAACAACUCAUUGCUCAACAGCAACUGCAGUUUGCCAUCGACAACAUCCGCAUCAACACUUUCCUGAAUGUGAACCCGAACGUGAACACCGUCGCAGUCAUCCUCACACAAGUGAAUGAUAACCGCGACCAAAACAACCGCAACACCCGCUACUUCACCCGCCAAAUCCAAAGCAACCCCUCCGCCUCGGAGCAAAUCUUCGUCCAAAUCACCGAAGUCUCCCAGAUGAACAUCGGCGACUUCAACGUUCCCACACCUACCGCUGAGGGAGCCGCCUCACCAUCAGGAGCCGCCAGCUCAGCAAGCUUCGCAGCACCAAAGUUCGGAUCGUAUACUCCAGGUGGAAACGUCUCGCUCCAGGCUCAAGGAAUCAACUUGUAUCCAUUCGGUGUCGCAGCGCCAACAUUCGGUAACUCGCGGGGAUUCAUCGAUCCUGCGCUGAUCAUCCAGCCAAGCCAGCAGCUUUUCGUCACAAACCAGAAUCAGAACCAGUUCAACGUCGUUGUCAUCGCAUGA